AUGGCGGCCUCCUGCUUCGCAAUUCCCCCCUUAUCUUCUUCUUCUUCGUCUUCUUACAAUGCCAUUCCCAAAUACAAAAACCUAGUCUCUUCUACGUCUUCUUACUCUUACUUAGAAUCCCUAAAAGCUCAAUUCUCUUCAUCUACUUCUUUCCACCUCUCUUCUCUUUCUCGCCACUUUGUAGCUCAACCACUGCAAAUUAAGGCCUCUUCUUCAGAAUUAUCAGUUCUAGAUGAAGAGAAAGAAGAAAAGGUUAAAGGAGAAGGAGAUGGAGAAGGAGAUGGAGAAAUCGGAGAAGAAGCCGAAGCAGAGCCAGUGGUGAUGAAGAAACCGAGACCGUGCGAGCUAUACGUGUGUAAUAUCCCCAGAAGCCAUGACAUUGCUCAGCUUCUCGAGAUGUUUCAGCCUUUUGGUAUCGCGAAAUCCUCAGACUGGAGAGAGCCGUGGGAGUGGAUAUGUCACAAUGGGUUCUAUAAACUCUGCCAAAAACGCCAUUGCUUCUCUUGAUGGAAAAGUAAGAAACAAACUUUGAUUCUUUCUUGGUCUGAGCUUUAAAAAAGUUGACUGCUUCGGGUUCUUGCAAUGAAGGAAGUAGGUGGUCGGGAGAUGCGGGUGAGGUAUUCUGUCGACAUGAACCCAGGAACCAGAAGAAACCCACAAGUCUUAAAUUCAACUCCAAAGAAGAUUCUGAUGUACGAAAGCCAAUACAAGGUUUAUGUCGGAAAUCUCCCUUGGUUCACGCAGCCUGAUGGUUUGAGAGACCACUUUAGCGGGUUUGGUGCAAUAGUAAGCGCGAGAGUGUUACAUGACCGCAAGAAUGGGAAAAGCCGAGUCUUUGCCUUUCUUUCUUUUACAAAACUUGAAGAACGUGACGCGGCUCUAUCACUGAAUGGAACAGAAUACGAAGGUCGCAGAAUCAUAGUCAGGGAAGGUGUCGAGAAGACCGAUUCGUAAACCCAACUGUUCCGCUUUUGCUGCAAAACAUAUUUCUUCAACAAGGUCUCAAGAAGACACUCCCUCUGUUUUGAAGUUCUUACUCUCCAGUGUAACUUCCAACCAGAUCCUGGCAUAAACGAAUUGUUCAUCACCCCCAUCUUGUAUAAUUUUUCAUUUCAUCGCAAACCCCUUGUCUCAUGAUUCUAUAAGACUCAACACCCGAACCGAAUCUCUCUCGAACAUUUUACCAAACAGUUGGUAUGCAAUCUUCAAGCUCCCGAUUAGACAGAACCCUACCAUCACACCAAAGAUUCGAUUCGGAGACCCGAAUGAGGACUUAAGAUCCGAAACAUCUCCCGUUGAAGAAAAUGAGCUUAUUACCGGAAAGUGACGUGGUUAGGAAGGCAAUCGCGACGACGGCGCAUGCUCCUUCUGGAGUCUCUUGACUUGAAGGCUCGAAUUAGGCCCAAAUUGCGAUUAGUUUAUCUCGUUGAAAAGUGAUUUUUCAAUCAUGUCGAAUCUGAAUUAAGUAUGACCUUGGAUUUAGAAACUGAUCAUCGUGCAUAUUUAUCAGGGGCUUCGAUGUGAAUAGUUACUGAUCUUCAAUAUUUUAUCUGCGG